UCCUGCAUCCCUCCCACUGUCAGAGUAGCUGUGGCCGGUGUGCGCUGCCAGACGGGCGACUGCUCUCAUCCACAUCAUUACCAUCCUCCUCUAGCUACUGAGUCACCAUCACUCCCCUCUAGCUGGGCUCCUUAGAUGCACUAUUUACAUACAGGCAGCCGCCCAGAGCACCCCAGACCCAACACGCAAGCUUAGAUCGCAUACGGCACACACACAGCACAACAUAUAGUAACACAGCGUCAGAGCAUCACAUCCGAUUAGAGCAUCAGAAUAGGUUCCGGCAAAGUGCCCCAUCUGGGUACCACAGCACUGCCAAGUGCCGAGCACAUCAUCCUACACACAGACAGCUGGAUCUGGGGAAUUAAACACAGAGCAGCCUCAAGCUCCCAUAAAGGCAAGUGCAUCCUAAUACACAGUAAAGCCACCAGCUGUUGGUAUAGAUGGCUCUGUGCAGGGAUUGUGCCUGCUGCUGUUGAUGUUUCCCUGCACACAUACAAUAUACAGUAAGUUUGUAGUGCGGCAUCCCCACCCUACAGGAGCAGACACCCAGCCAGACAGGCUGCAGCCUCAUUCUGCACAUUACCUGCCUGCCCAGCAGCUGGACACAGCCACAGCAUGAAGCAAGCCCUACUGGAGGUAAUGAGGAUGAAUAGGAUCUGCAGGAUGGUGCUGGUCACAUGUUUGGGAUCCUUCGUCCUGGUCAUCUUCUAUUUCCAAAGUAUGUUGCACCCAGUUAUGCACAGAAAUCCAUUUGGAAUGGGCAUUUGCUGUCGGAAGGGUUCCAGGAGCCCGCUGCAAGAGCUAUACAAUCCAACACAGUUGGACCUUUCCAGCAAUGCCAUUCUGCACCAGAUGAGGCGAGACCAGGUGACAGACUUGUGCCGGGCAAACAGUGUGAUGAGCAGGAAACGCCGUGUGUUGACACCAAAUGAUCUGAAGCAUUUAGUGGUGGAUGAAGAUCAUGAAAUGAUCUAUUGCUAUGUGCCAAAAGUAGCGUGUACAAACUGGAAGAGGGUCAUGAUGGUCCUCACUGGAAGAGGCAAAUACAGUGAUCCCAUGGAAAUACCAGCCAAUGUGGCCCAUGUAUCGUCCAACUUGAAAACCCUUAACCAGUACAGUAUACCAGAAAUCAACCACAGACUGAAAAAUUACAUGAAGUUCCUCUUUGUCCGUGAACCUUUUGAAAGAUUGGUUUCAGCCUACAGAAAUAAAUUCACCCAAAAAUACAACACUUCCUUUCACAAACGCUAUGGCACUAAAAUAGUAAGGCGACAGAGGAAAAAUGCCACCCAGGAGGCACUGCAUAAUGGCAAUGACGUAAAGUUUGAAGAGUUUGUGGCUUACCUUAUUGACCCCCACACCCAAAAGGAAGAGCCUUUUAAUGAGCACUGGCAGACUGUGUUUUCUCUCUGUCACCCAUGUCACAUCCACUAUGAUCUUAUUGGAAAAUAUGAAACCCUAGAGGAAGAUUCUAAUUAUGUAUUGCAUCUGGCAGGAGUUGGUGACUACCUGAAAUUCCCCACUUUUGCAAAGUCUACGAGAACUACUGAUGAAAUGACAGCAGAGUUCUUCCAGAACAUCAGCUCAGAGCAUCAAAUGCAACUCUAUGAAGUCUACAAACUUGAUUAUCUAAUGUUUAAUUACUCAAUGCCAUCCUACUUGAAAUUAGAAUGAGAACCAUUGCUAUUUCCAUUUAAGGGAGUUUUUUUUGUUAUUAUGUGGAUACUUCUUUUUUUGUAAAUUAAUGGGUAACAGGGGUAACUAGGUUUGGGCUGCGAGCAGCACAAACAAAAAAUUAUUUAAAUUUCUUCAUAAAGAAGGACAUCUCUCUUUAUAGGAUAAGAGGAAUUAAAGCUAGUUUGGAGAAAACGCAAACUGCUACGACACUGCUCUCAAUUUCCAUGGCGCCUUUUUCUCUCUGUAUAAAUGGUCUAUAAAUUAUUUAUAGUUAUUUAAGCAAUGUCUCAAGUAUGAUAAAGUCUAUGUCGCUAUAUACAUACAUGUAUUUAUAUGUGUAUGUGUAUAAAUAUCUGUGUGUGUGCGUGUAUAUACAUAUUUAUGUAUAUAAUAUGUACAUAUUUUUAAAAAGAAAAGCCAAAUAUUAGGAUAUUUUCAUUGAACCAUGGUCAUGUCUUUUCAGCGAACAAAUGAUUCAUCAGGGUAAAUGGAAUUAUUUAAGAAGUAAAGUUUUUUGUUGGCAAAUUCAUCUUGGAAUCCCUAGGCGUGUGCUUUUAUACUGGAUAAAAAGAUACCUAUUAUAUUUUACUCUACAAGAGAAGAUAUGACAUAGGGAGAGACAGGCUAAUAAAUGUAGAAAGUAUUUUGAACAAAUUACGGUUAAAUAUUUAUAAAAGGACUAAAAUUUCCAUGUCGAAAUUGUAUUAAUCAAUUGCCCUUCCAUUCACAUUUCCAUAAUGUUUUUAUUGAUUUUACUUUUGGGUGUAUGGUUAAUGCAACAUGCUACACAAUACAGCCUUGUGCAGAUCCGCGCCCAAUAUUAACUGCUGUAUGAAAUCCAGCUAAACAGGACUGGACGCAUUGCAAAAACAAAAACGCACGGAAAUCUGUUAAGGACAGCGCCGAAACAUGGACUUAAACAUUCAUUGAUACAAACAACAAGCUCAAUACAUUUGUUUGGUCUACAAGGUAAUUGCCAUUAAGGGUAAGAAGUAUGUUCUCUAUUAACUGAGCACCAUCAUUUUUUUGUAAUUAACCAUGCAUCUUUAAAAUCUAUAUGCAAAUCUGCAGUGUUUCUAGAAGUCUAUUUUCACAAUUUGCAGUCCACUUGCUCAAGGCUUGGUGUGUAUAAUCCCGGCAAAGACAAAAAAAGGAAUCAUCACUAAAGACACAACAUAUGUCCCAGCAAUGCUCCGUUCCAGUUUCCAAAAAGCCUUAUUUAUGCAAGAAUAUAUGGUUUAUUCCAUUGUAUGCCAUCUCUGCAACCAGUCUUUGGAAUAAAUGCUACAUUGUGUGGACUUAUAUGCUGUAAAUGUUUUAUACCAUUCCCAUGGGACAAAAUGGCCCCUGAGUGUGGCUAAGGCCUAAUUCAUUUCAAAUACAGCUUAAUACUAAGCUUAUUGUUUUUAGGUAGUGAUUGUGAUGCCCUUUGGCAUCAGUGCUAAUGAGAGAUGUGUAUAGUUAGUUAUGUCAUGCUUAGUAAGAUUUGUUUUCCUGCUGGUCAGUCAACAAAUGUCUUGGAUGUUCCCUUUUAUUGCUCUGCUCCUUUUUUGAAUGCUGUUCACAAUUGUAUGUCUUCAGUUAAUAGCGUUAUUGUAAUAAGUUUAGGUAAUGAUCAACAACAAUUUGCAAUCCCUUUGGGAGCUUUUGGGUCGGCAGAUGUCCAUUUUGUACAUACUUUUCUCUCAUACUUCUGUUUGAUCCAGGUACCUGCAUUGCAUUGCAGCGCAAUGUUUCACAUGCAAACCAAGCUGCAAAGGGUUGAAGGAGACUGCAACCUACUGGAAUGGCCAAAAGAUAAUUUAUUGAAAAUGUAUUAAACUGUACAGAACAAAUGAAAAUAAAUCCAUUACUUAUGCAGUGA